GUGGCACUUCCCUUCCAUCAUUGUAACACCUCUACCGCUCUUCCUUUUUGCUGUUGGUGUACAGUCCGACACAAGUGACUGCACACUUCGCUUUGCUCUAUAAUCACCUAUUUCAGCGCCACACAGAGAGAAAGAGAGAGCGAAGAAGUCGGAGUUGAGUGAGCUGUGACGACAUGCUGUGCCUCAAGGCAGAGGCUUUGGGUGACGAGAUGUACUCUUCCAGUGGCGCUAUGCCGCCCGUGAAUCUUGGGAGGUCGAUCCGGAGACUGAUGCAUAAGGUUGGGAGGGGUGGUGGGAAGAGCCCGCACCGCUCGGAUCCAUCCGCGUCCUCGUCCGGCAUGGAGGCUGAGAAGAGCAGUUGUGGCGGAAGAGAAGAGAGGCGUCGGAAGGUGUGUUGUUACAGAUCGCAGCUCGAACAAGAAGUUCAGAUAUUACAAAAGCAGCUACAAGAGGAGAUCAAUCUCCAUGAGGCUUUGGCAAAUGCUUUGGCCAAAAAUGCUGCCCCUUUGUUGAACUCUACUGAUAACAUUCCAGAUGAGAUUCAGGAACUUCUACACAGCAUAGCCACACUGGAGAUCACUGUUUCAAAUCUAGAAGAGGAGUUGGUUACCUUGCAUCUUCAGAUUUGCAAUGAAAGGGCUGAGAGACACGUCACUGAAGCUCAUCUAGGAUCCCCACCACUGACACCAGGGCCACCAUCUCCAUCUUCUGACUGUAAGCCAGAGCAUAUAUUUUCCUCGAGCAUUUCAAAGUCUCAAUUAACUCAGACACCUAUCUCAAUGCAAAAAUAUGUAUUAUCUGGUUGUGAAGAUUCACAGUCCAUUACAGACAUAAGAUCGAUGGAGAGAUGUCCAGAGGCAGAGAUACUAAGAUCACGCAAUGCUAGUGAUGAAGGGACAGAAAUGGGUGCUUCUGUUCAACUAUCUGUUGAAGUUGAAUUGAAGAAUAAUUUUCCUAUAGAAGACAUAUCGAACAACCCAAACAAGCUUUCAGAAGAAAUGGUUCGAUGCAUGAGAAAUAUCUUUCUUUGUCUAUCUGGAUCAUCAGACAUCCCUCCAGAAAUGUCUUCUUCAGAGGGCUUUCAGUCUUCCCCAGUCGAGCACCUAUCUUCAUCUUCUUUCAUGUCUUUCUCAGACUCAUCCACAAUGACCUCACUAUUUCAAAGUCCAGAAGGGAUUUACCAAACGGAUGAGGUAGAUAAACAAAUGUCUUCCUUUGAUCCAUAUGGAGUUAGUUACAAAAUGAACUGGGGGAAUGUAGGAAGCUAUAUUUUGGCAGCUGAAGUCUCUUGGAUGUCAGUUGGAAAAGCACAAUUGCAAUAUGCUGCUGAGUCUCUGAAAAGAUACAGGUUUUUUGUGGAGCAGUUGACAGAGGUGAAUCCAGCUUGUAUGAGUCUCGAUCAGAAGCUUGCCUUUUGGAUCAAUGUUUAUAAUGCCUUAAUGAUGCAUGCCUAUUUGGCAUUUGGAGUUCCUAGAAGUGACAUCAAGUUAUUUUCUCAAAUGCAAAAGGCAUCUUACACUAUAGGUGGUCAGUCAUUUAGUGCAGCUGAGAUUGAAUUUGUCAUUCUGAAGAUGAAACCACCAAUGCAUCGUCCACAAUUAGCUCAAUCUCUGGCACUUCACAAAUUUAAGAUUUCUAAGGAGCACCGAGAGUACUCGGUUGACAGCGCUGAGCCCCUGGUAGUAUUUGCCCUUAGUUGCGGAAUGUAUUCUUCACCUGCAGUGAGAAUCUUCACUGCUGAUAAUGUUCAAGAUGAGCUACAAAACUCCAUGAAGGACUACAUACGAGCAUCGAUAGGUUUAAGCGAUAAGGGGAAGCUGUUAGUUCCAGAAAUGCUGCAUUCGUUUGCCAAGGGUGUUGUGGAGGACUCGCUGCUGGUUGACUGGAUCUGUCGCUACCUUUCCUCGGAUCAAAUAACUAUAGUUCACUAUUCUAAACCACAGUGGAAGCAGAGGUUACUCGGUGUUCGGAGUUUUAGCAUCAUCCCAUUUGAUUCAAGAUUUCGGUACCUUUUCUUGCCAGACAAGACUUCCUGAGAUCUGACCACUGAAUUGCUCAGAAUCAGCCAACGACGAGUAAUCUAAUUCUGAAUUUGUAUGAUUUUUUUCUUUCCAAAUCUAACAACAGAUAUAAUUCCAUUGGAGAUUCCUAUCGACCUUCGGGUGCAUAAACUGGUGAAUCUUUAAGUGUGGAUAAUGAAAGCCAGUGAAGAGCUAUGCACAGUGAUAUAGAAGUUGGUAGGUACAACCUCUGUAAAUGAUUUGUUAAUUUUGGAUCUGUGACUUUUUUUUUUAUCAGCAACUUUGCAAGAUUGCCAGAAGGUUGUGUCUUGAUCUGCGGAACCAUUCUUGUCAAUUUUUUUUAUUUUGUUUUGUACUCAUCUUUUUGAUUGUUCAUAGAUAAUCAUUUUGUGAGACCUCUGAAUCCAAUAAAGGGGAAGACAUUGUUCA